AUCAGAAGAGCACAUUGCAGCACUCGUACACUGUGCUUAACGCCAUAGAAAUCGGUAAAAAUCGAGCACCAGCUGGUGGGGUGGCCAAGUACACGUGGCUACUCGUUUGCACUGCAGUACAGAAUGCACUAAUACGGCUUCGUUAGAAUGAAAUCAAUUUAUCGUAGAAUGUAAAAAUUCAUUAGCAAUUUCGAACUAGUCUUGUGCAAAACUGUCUGUCUACGCGCUUAUAAUGUAUUGGAGUGGUGCCGCGAUAUGUACAUUUUUGUUUGUUACUUACACCUCAGGGGCUCCCCCCGUAAUAAGAGUUGGUGCACUUUUUCCAAAACAUACGGGAAAACACAACUCGGAACUGGCCUUUAGAUAUGCGGUUCAUAGAUUGAAUCGGGACAAGAGCCUUCUGCCAGAAACUAACAUUGUCUACGAUAUUGAAUACGUUAGUCGAUUUGAUUCGUUUGAGACAGUACAAAAAGUGUGCAGACUUGUGCAGGUUGGUGUUCAGGCUAUUUUUAGUCCAACCGACUCUGUUUUGGCAACUCAUAUAAAUUCAAUAUGUGACGCCCUGGAUAUUCCAGAUAUAGGUCGUUCCAUCCACGACUUUUCCAUUAACGUCCAUCCAUCACAACAAUACGUUAACAAUGCAUUUAUCGAUGUUAUACGCUAUCUAAAUUGGACUAGAUUCGGCAUUUUGUAUGAAAAAGAUUAUGGAAUUAUUAAUUUACACCAGCUUUCACGUUCCGUUCAAGCGGAAGUGCACAUGCGAAAAGUUUCCCAAGCAUCGUACCUGUCUGUGUUGAACGAGUUUAAGAAUAAAGAGAUCCACAAUAUAAUAAUUGAUAUAAACUCGGACGGCAUUACAGCGCUGUUGAAGAAUAUUCUACAACAGCAGAUGAAUGAGUAUAAAUACCACUACUUUUUCACGAGCUUCGACCUGGAAACCUUUGAUCUGGAAGACUUUAAGUAUAAUUUUGUGAACAUAACAUCGUUCCGACUGGUCGACAUCGGUGAUGUAGCUGUGAAGGAGAUACUGAAGGAUCUUGAGUUCUUUGGUCAGCAAAUGUUCCAAGAAUCCGAUGCAAACUUGUAUUUACGAAAAGCGGUAACAAUUGAGACGGAGCCAGCCCUAAUGUUUGAUUCGGUUUAUGUGUUCGCUAUUGGACUGCAGACGUUGGAGCAGUCGCAUACGCUGUAUCUAUCGAAUUUGACUUGUGACGAUGAAAUUCCGUGGAAUGGGGGCUUGAGCUUGAUUAAUUAUAUAAAUUCGGUUGAAUGGAAAGGUCUGACUGGUCCUAUUCAAUUCAAAGAAGGACAGCGUGUUCAGUUCAAGUUGGACCUAAUAAAACUGAAGCAGCACUCCAUUGUGAAAGUUGGAGAGUGGACACCCCAGGGAUAUCUCAACAUAACUGACCCAUCAAUGUUCUUCGACUCCGGCUCAAUGAAUGUCACACUGGUAGUAAUAACGAUACUGGAAACGCCAUACGUAAUGAUGAAUUAUGGGAAAAAUUUUACGGGAAAUGAAAGAUUUUUUGGAUUUUGUGUGGAUAUAUUGGAAACGAUUUCACACGAGGUUGGGUUUGAUUACAUUCUGGACCUAGUACCCGAUAGAAAGUAUGGUGCCAAGGAUCCCGAAACCGGAGAAUGGAAUGGAAUGGUUGCUCAGCUAAUGAAAUAUAAGGCGGACCUGGCUGUCGGCUCAAUGACAAUUACAUAUGCAAGGGAGAGCGUUAUUGAUUUCACAAAACCCUUUAUGAACCUGGGAAUCAGCAUAUUAUUUAAGGUACCCGAAUCAGAGCCUACCAGAUUGUUCUCCUUUAUGAAUCCGCUGGCCAUUGAAAUCUGGAUUUAUGUUUUGAUUGCGUAUUUCCUAGUGUCAAUUAGUAUAUAUAUUGUAGGAAAACUGUCCCCCAUCGAAUGGCACUGUAUUCAUCCGUGCGACUUGGAUAACAUUACAAUUGGCAAUCAGUUUACAAUGUCUGACAGCUUCUGGUUCACCAUCGGAACCCUUAUGCAACAGUCACCGGACAUAUAUCCGAGGGCAACCUCAACACGUAUAAUUAGCAGCAUUUGGGGAUUUUUCUCCCUGAUUAUUGUCGCAUCAUAUACGGCCAAUCUGGCCGCCUUUUUAACUACCGAACGAAUGAUAAACCCCAUUGAGAAUGCCGACGAUUUGGCAACUCAGACAGAAAUUUCUUAUGGCACAUUGGAGAGUGGCUCGACGAUGACAUUUUUUCGGGAUUCCAUGAUUGAAACUUACAAGAAAAUGUGGAGAAGCAUGGAUAACAAGAAGCCAUCGGCAUUUACCACUACGUAUGAAGACGGCAUAAGGAGAGUCAAUCAGGGAAAUUACGCCUUUUUAAUGGAGUCCACAAUGCUCGAUUAUAUUGUACAGCGCGACUGUAACUUGACUCAAAUUGGGGGAUUGCUGGACACAAAAGGAUAUGGCAUCGCCACACCUAAGGGCUCGCCCUGGCGAGACAAAAUUUCUUUGGCGAUAUUAGAGCUCCAGGAGAAGGGAGACAUUCAAAUGUUAUACGACAAGUGGUGGAAAAACACUGAUGAGACGUGUACCAGGAGGAGCACAAGCAAACAAUCGAAGGCAAAUGCAUUAGGACUGGAAAGCAUUGGUGGUGUAUUUGUGGUACUAAUCGCUGGUAUUAUUGUCGCAGUAAUUGUUGCGUUUUUUGAGUUCUGGUUCAAUUUUCAAUGCAAUGAAAAAUCCAAGCCACUGCAGAAAAAUAUCUGCCGCUCCGCUGAAGAGGGUAUAAGGCAAAGUGAUAGCGAAUGCGUUUAUAUACCACCCAAUCGCUCCUUCUGGAUCGAAAUGUUUGAGGAACUCCGCUACGCCUCGUGGUGCAUGAACAAACCCAAAAAACCAGAGCUUACUCAGAUAUGCGGUGAAUAUGAGGACUUUUUAACAAUGAUUACACGAUAUCGAUUUCUACACCGGCAUUUAGCCAUAGGAGCUCUUUAUUUGUUAUUGACGAUAACGGUCCUGGGACUCAUCUAUGUCCUGUCAAUCUUCAACAGCACUGAAUUGCCAUUUAUGGUUAAAUCACCAUCAUUACCGGUCCAGAGCUCUAAAUAUCAGCAAAAAUCUAUGAUAAAUAUCGAUGAUGAUAAAGACAAUAGGCGUGGGAAUAGUAACGGCCAAACAACACCACUCCCGCUUAACAGUCGCGAAGCUAGUGACGAUGAUCAGCAACAUAUAUACAUCGACGAUGUUUACAAGCCGUUCAAGCCAGAAUAUUUGUCACCUCUUACGUCAAAACUCACACCAAAUGGAUUACAGGGGCAUCAUGAACCUCACCAAUUGACCUCGGAAUUUGGCUCCGGAAAACCAACACGUAAUAGUAAUAAUAAUUUUAAUAAGUUCGACAGAUUCAGAGACACGUACGUUGAUAACGAAGAAGCAAGUGGCAGCGGUACCGCUUCUUUUGAUACGGAGACAAGAAAGUUCAUAAAACGUAUCAAUCUACGAUUAUUGAAAAAAGCUGCGGCAAAUAUGACCGCAGGAAGGGGGGGGAGAGAGGACGACAGAUCGCACAAUGGCAGGAGGCGUAACAUGCGAAUAUAUACCAAUAAAAAGCCAAUUUUCAAUUUUCCAACAAAAAAAAUGCAUCUCGGGAGCACCAAGUCUCUGGGGAAGGGGCGCUCAUUAAUGGAGGAUGACAGAAAACAGGAACGUCGCAUCAUCAGCAACGAAAAGGAGAGUGCCGAUCGAUCCCGAAAGCUUUUAUUGUGCGAAAAGGAAACUGAAUCUGGAGUUGGAGUGGAAAACGAGCUAUGCCGCAUGCUAUUUAAAGAGUCCUGAAUAAUUAUAUGUGCUUGUGCUUACUAUAUGUAUGUAUGUAUGUGCCCAUUCGACUGUAAGACACCGAUAGAUAUUGUAGCUUAGAUUGAAAUCAGGAUUAAAAUACUUAGUCAAGUCAAAUAAAACUAACUGAGUGUUGAGAUCUUUCCAA